AUGUCUAAAUCACCAUACAUUCCUCCAGAAGUUAAAGCAUAUAUUGAACAAUACAAAAUAGAGGAUAUUAUUAAAGAUGCAGUUAAUACAAUUCUUUCAUAAAAACCAGCUGAUCCAUAUACAACAUUUUCUCAAUACUUUGGAAAAGUAACUUAUUAUUAUAAAUUAAGUUAUCUACUCCUGUGAUUGAAUUAGAUGAAGUUACUGGUUUAGAAAUCUUAAACAAUGAGUUAAAGCCAACUAUCUAAUUGAUUUUCACUGUCUAAUUCAAAAAUCAAAAAUUGCAUUUUAAUUCCCCACUCUAUUUUUCUUAAGCUUUUCCAGAAUAAGAGAUAUUUUAGUAAGAUUAAUAUUAAUUUAAGUGAUGAUGAAUAGAAAAACAUGAAAUAAGCUAUAUAAGAAAUAGAAAAGGUUUCUCUCUAAUUAAGAGGAAAAAAAUCAAAGGAUUAAAAAUAGGUUGAUGAUACUUUAAUGAAAUAUCUUACUGAACAUCCAGUAUAUAAUUUAAUAUAUUUUAGAAUCGUAUUAAUGUUAUUCAAUAAAUUUCAUUUAGUUUACUUCCUUUGCAUGCUCACUUUAUGAAUUAAAGUUUAUCAAAAUUACUAUGUCAAUAAUUUAAUACUUAAGAAGUUAAAACACCUAAAAUUUUUGUUAAUUUACUUUAAGGUAGUAAAGUAGUUGGUUCUAAGUGUAAAAUUUAUAAGUUUUUAUUAAUAUGUGAUGGAGAAGGAGCAGUAUAAAAAAUAUAAAAUGUUGUUAAUAAUGUCAAAAAAACUAUUAUUUCAGGUAAAAAAGGAGAAGCUGGUCUUUAAUUUUAUUAAGAUGGAACAUUUAUAUGUCCUGGUGAUACAAUUCCAGAUAAUAUAAAAAUAAUUGAAUAAGCAAUAGAUGCAGCUUAACUGAAGGAUUAAGUUUAACUUGGUUUAGUUUGGUUAGCUGAAUUAUUUUAUGUACCUGAAGAAAAGAAAUAUGACUUAGAUAAUCCUAAAAAAUUAUUAGAUGCAGAUUAAUUGAUAGAUUAUUAUUUUAAAUUAUGCCAAGAAAAACCAAUUAUAGUUUAUUUAGAGGAUCCUAUUCAUCAUUCUGAUAUUGUGGGAUGGACAAAAAUUACUAAUAAAUUUAAAGAUUCUAAAGUUAAAUUAGGAAGUAGAAGAUUAUAUUCAAAUAUUGAAAAGGCAAAGAAACAUUGUGAAAUAUUGACUUUAUAAACUAAUCCUGAAUUAACUGAAUAAUAAAUAAACUAGAUGAAUAAUGAAAGAAUAAAUCUUGAUUAUAUUUAUAAGCCACUUUAUGAAUAUAAUACAUUUACAGAGUUAUAAAAUCAUUUGACCUAUUUGAUUUCAAAAGUAAUAUUAAUUUAAAUAUUAGAAAUCUUCAUUACAAUUUAUUAUUGGAGAUUCAUUAGUAGAUACUGAGGACUCUUAUUUCGUAGAUAUUGCUGUAUUUAUAUUUUAUAUAUAAUUUAGUUUUCACUUCCAAAUUCUAAUAUUAAUAUUGGUCCCCCAAUUAAAUUUGAAAAAAUUAUUAAAUACAAUAAGUUUUUAAAAUUAUGCCAUGAAAGUGAUUGA